CCUCCUAAUCUAAACUUCAAGCUUAAUAUCAUUCGCCACCACCAUCUCUUUCUUCUUUCUCAAACACAAACAAACAGUAGCCAUGGAUUUGGUAAACAGUUUCUUGAAUCUUGUAGCACCUCCUUUCACCUUCUUCAACAUGCUGCUCUUCCUCCCUCCAUGGAUCUUCUUCAAAUUCUGUAUCCGCAUCCUUCGCAACCUUUUCUCUGAAGUUGUCUCCGGCAAAGUCGUCCUCAUCACCGGAGCCUCCUCCGGCAUCGGCGAGCAUAUCGCUUAUGAAUAUGCUAGCAGAGGAGCAUGCUUGGCUCUAUGUGCUCGGAGAGAUGAUCGUCUCCGAGAAGUUGCUGAUCGGUGCAAGCACAUCGGAUCGCCAGAUGUUAUAGUCAUCCGCGCUGAUGUCUCCAACCCUCACGACUGUAAACGAAUGGUUGAUCAAACCGUUCACCACUUCAAUCGAUUGGAUCAUUUGGUAAAUAAUGCUGGAAUUUCCCAAAUCGGUAUGUUGGAAGAAGUAGAUGAUAUUACAAAUUUACGACCGGUCAUGGAUAUAAACUUCUGGGGCUCCGUUUAUACGACAAAAUUUGCAGCUCCACACCUCAGAAACUGUGGUGGCAGAAUCAUCGCGCUUUCAUCUGCCGCAUCAUGGAUUCCUCUUCCAAGAAUGAGUGUGUACAAUGCAAGCAAAGCAGCGCUAGCACAGUUCUUUGAAACGAUGCGGGUAGAAUUCGGGUCGGAUGUUAAAAUAACCCUGGUGACUCCCGGAUUCAUCGAGUCUGAACUUACACAAGGGAAAUUCCUUUCACACGAAGGAAAGAUGGUGGUGGACUAUGAGGCGCGAGAUAUGCAAGUGAACUUGUCUCCGGUUGCGAAAGUAGAAGGAACUGCAAGGGCGAUAGUGAAACAAGCGCUAAGAGGGGAACGGUAUGUGACGGAACCUGCGUGGAUGAGGAUGAGUUACGUGUGGAAGGUGUUGUGGCCGGAAGCGGUGGAGUGGAUGAACCACUUGACCAACAUGAUGACGGUUGGUGGUGAUCCUCGCUAUGAUACUUUGGGGAAGAAGAUUAUGAACAUGACCGGUGCCCAAGGCGUUCUGUACCCAACGAGCAUUCAGUCGUCGGAGGUGAAAUCUGACUAACGUGUCUACUCGCUUGGUUUUUACUUGGAUAAGUUGUGUUCUUGUGUUCAUGUGAUUGUUCUGCAGUUUUUGUCUAGUUUUGUUGUGUUUCCCUUUGGAAAAUAGAUAAAUAAAUAAAUGUUAGUGAUGUCCACCUUAAA